AUGAACGAUUUUAAUCCUUCUAACAAAACCGCUGGACAGCAGGUGAUCGCUGUAGAAGUGAGAGAUGGACAUACGGGGGCUCUUUCGAAUAUCGAAUAUGCUCAAAAAUCCAUGGUGGGACACGGAUCGUUUGGGUACGUUUAUCAGAUAACGCUGUUACAUGACAAUAGCAAAGCAGCAAUCAAACGAGUUCUUCAAGAUAAGCGUUACAAAAACAGGGAACUUGAAAUAAUGAGGCUCAUAAAUCACAAGAAUAUUGUCAAAUUGCUUUCCUUCUUUUAUAAGACCAAUGACAAGGACGAGCAAUAUCUCCAUUUGAUCCUGGAGUACAUUCCGGAGACGUUGUAUAAAUCAUGCCAUUGGUACACUUCAAGACAAAGGACCAUGCCAAUGCUUGAGGUGAAACUAUACUCCUAUCAACUUUUCCGCUCGUUAUUAUACAUCCACUCAUUGGGAAUAUGUCACAGGGAUAUCAAACCUCAAAAUCUGUUAAUUGAUCCACUUAACGGCAUACUUAAAUUAUGUGAUUUUGGCUCGGCAAAGGUUUUGAAUCCUUCGGAACCAAACGUUUCCUAUAUCUGUUCAAGAUAUUAUAGAGCGCCAGAGCUUAUAUUUGGAGCUCGGAAUUACACUACCAAAAUUGACUUAUGGUCCGCAGGCUGUGUUAUAGCGGAACUUAUUUUAGGACAGCCAUUGUUCCCAGGAGAGUCUGGAAUUGAUCAGCUUGUUGAAAUUAUCAAAAUCCUAGGCACCCCAACUAAGGAUGAAAUCAAAUCUAUGAAUCCUAACUACGUGGACCAUAAGUUCCCCUCGAUAAAACCAAUACCAUUACAGAAAAUAUUCAAAAACGUGGAACCGGAAUGUCUAGAGCUGUUGCAAUUGGUGCUGAAUUAUUCUCCAAUUUUGAGAAUUGGAGCUGCUGAAGCGCUGACGUGCAAAUUUUUUGAUGAGUUCAGGGCUCAACCAGAGAUCAAAUUUCCCAAUUUCAGGAACUACAAACUGGACCGUGAGUUGCUAAUUCCUGAUUUAUUUGACUUUUCAAAAAGAGAACUGAGUGUCAACCCUACCUUGAUUGACGCUUUGGUACCUGCAUGGAAGAGAGAUCAGCUAGAUUUCGAUCUCGACUCUUUUGUGCCAUAUUCAGCUGAAGAGCUCUUGGACCCAGUCAAUAACUAG